GUGCACGUCACUUUCACUAACACUCGCGAAGUCUCGUGGUCUUUGAGACGAGACUUACCGAGACCGGAAAUGAUGGUCUGGUAUCCGGAAGUGACGAAACUCCAACUCGCGCCAUCUUUCGUGAAAGGCAGGGGACCCGUGGUGGAAAAUCUGGUAAAGAAUGCCCGAAUUAACUGAAGUAGACAUGGCUGAAGUAGAAACUAAGCCAGCAGAACAGAAGCAAGUGAGUAGUGAAGACACAGAGUCAGACAGUGAUGACUCCUUACCUGAACUGGAGGAUGCAGGAGAUGGACUGCCUACGUCACAACAGGAGCAGAUGGCUCAGAUGGCCGGAAUCCAGGAGGAACCGGUCAGCAAGGCCAAGCAGAGUCGUCAGGAGAAGAAGGCCCGCAAGGCCAUGUCCAAGCUGGGCCUGAAGCAGUUCACCGGGGUCAGCAGAGUCACCAUUAGAAAAUCCAAAAAUAUCCUCUUUGUCAUUACAAAACCCGACGUGUACAAAAGCCCUGCGUCAGACACAUACAUCGUCUUUGGGGAGGCAAAGAUUGAAGACUUGAGCCAGCAGGCCCAGAUGGCAGCUGCAGAAAAGUUCAAGGCCCCGGAGAUGUCCCAGGUCCCCGAACCAGGCAAGAUCACCACCGCAGUCCCGGAGGAGGAGAGCGAAGAGGAAGAGGAGGUUGACGACUCUGGAGUGGAGCCUAAGGACAUUGAACUCGUGAUGUCCCAGGCCAACAUCUCUCGUGCAAAGGCAGUCAAGGCCCUGAAAAACAAUAACAACGACAUUGUCAAUGCUAUUAUGGAGUUGACGAUGUAACCGCACCACGUGUCAGUCUGCCCUGCCUGCUUGUCCAUACUAAAACACAGUCUGUACAGCUACAAUAAUCAACACCAACAAGAAGGAAGAGAUUUUAAAUGUUGAAAUCAUCUAAAUUGAAAAUUGAAGCCUUCCUAUGUACACUAUUCUAUAUUUUUCUUUUCGCAUUUGCAUCCAAAAGACUUGAAUCGUUUUGAUAUAGUAUAAUCUUGAUCCUGUAAUGUUCCGUCAAUUCUGUUGUUCUCAAAUAAAGUAAAUAGUACCCUGGA